AUGCCAUCAGCACCACCACCCAAUGCUUAUAGAGAAGGUACUAAGCUAACAGUUGGAUCACAUCAAGUAUCAAUCAUCAAAUAUAUUUCAGAAGGUGGCUUUGCUCAUGUCUAUACUUGUCAUAUAGAUCCCCCAUUUCAAGGAUCUAAUGUUGCUUGUUUGAAAAGGGUGGUAGUACCAAGUAAAUGGCAAUUAAGUCUUUUGAGACAAGAAGUAGAUGCUAUGCGUAGAUUAAGAGGUAAUAAACAUAUUGUAUCAUAUAUUGAUUCUCAUGCUUCAAGAUUAAAUACUACUACAACAACUGGUUCACAACAACAACAACAACAACAAUAUGAAGUAUUCCUACUUAUGGAAUAUUGUGAAAGAAAUGGACUUAUUGAUUUCAUGAAUACUAGAUUGGUACAUAAAUUAACUGAAUCUGAAAUUAUUGAUAUUAUGUAUCAAGUUACAAUUGGAGUUGCUAUGUGUCAUCAUUUACGUCCACCUUUAAUUCAUCGAGAUAUCAAGAUAGAAAAUGUAUUAAUAGAUGGAAAGGGGACAUUUAAAUUAUGUGAUUUUGGAUCUUCUGUUAAUUAUUUACAACCUCCAAAAUCUCCUCAAGAAUUACAAUUAAUGAAAGAUGAUUUAUUACAACAUACUACUCCUCAAUAUCGUGCUCCAGAAAUGAUUGAUCUUACUAAAGGGUUCCCCAUUGAUGAUAAACUGGAUAUUUGGGCUUUAGGGAUAUUUUUAUAUAAAUUAUGUUAUUAUACUACUCCGUUUGAACUGCCUAAUCAAACCUCAUUGCAAGAAUUAGAUGUCCAGAUCUUAAAUUGUUCAGAAACCUUAAGAUUUAAAGAUCAACCAGGACUGAUGUUUUCUGCAAGAUUGAAAAAUAUAAUCAAAGUUUGUCUUCGUGGAGAUCCAAGAAGAAGACCAAAUGCGGUUCAAUUAUUAGGCGAAAUUGUGGCUAUGAAAGGUGAAACUACAUUACCUAAUGUUAUUCCAUUCAGUGUUCGUGAACAACUCAAAAAGGGAGAAGAACCAAAACCAAAACAAAAACCAGUCCUUUCACUCCAAGACGCGACUGUCCCCACUACUCCAAAAAGAAUCACCAAGGAACAACCACCCAUUCCUCCAGCUGUCGCUACCGCCACCAAACCAGCAGAUCCAUUUGCAGCACUUACUGAACGUACUCAGAUGCUUAGAUCUCCAGCUAGCACUAAUACCAAAAUACCGCCUACUUCAACCACUCCAUCUCGAGCCGCGGCAUUAGCAUACCAACACCACGAACUGCAACAUCCUCAGGCACCAACCGCCACCACGCCAAGAUCCAAACCAGCACGUCCAUUAAGCGCCUUCUACGACUCCAAUAUCGACCACCGUAUCUAUUCCCAAAGCAACAAAUCAACCCCAUCGAUCCAAGACCAUGUCAAGCAUGAAUUAGGCAAAGGUGGACAAAUCUAUGAUUUUAGCAAUGAGACAGAUACGACGACAACAUUGGCAUUCUUGAAGAGUAGAGAAGAUGACAAUAAUAAUACCGGGGGAGGAUAUGGGUUCCCACCCAAGAGACAUGAUACAGGAGGUAGUAUCACCGCAACUAUAAAGAAUAAUAUCAGGAAGAUAAGUACCGGAGGAGGAGCGCCGAUCAAUCUGAAUAAUACUGGUGGAUCGAUUAAACAUAUAAAACGAUCAAGUAUUCUGUCAAUUAAGCAAAUUCUUACUGGUGGUGGUAAUGGUAAUAAGAAUGGAAAUAAGGCAGCGGCGGAAGAAAAGCCCGUGGUGACUGUGCCUAAGAAAUUAUCCAUCCAGAAAAGAAUGCAGAUGUUGUUUAAUAAUAAUCAGAAUGAUAAUACUCCGAGGCUUGCUUCCGGAUACGGAAGGUUUACGGAUAUGAAUGAUGUGGAUGAUAUUGAGGCUAUUAAUGUGCAUACUACCCCUGGAGCACUGAUGAAGAUGGCGAGAUCGGCGUCGAGUAAGAAGAAGGUGCUUGUGCCGCCUAAAGUACCGAUUGGAUUGUCUUCCAAGAGAGAAGAGAAGCUGAAGGAGAAUGAGAAGAAGAAGGAGAAUGAAAAGAAGAAGGAGAAUGAGAAGGAAAAGAAGAAGGAUAAGGGUAAGGAGAAGAAGGCACCUCCAAAGCCUAAGAAACCGAUAUAUUUGAAAUCCCCGGAGAAUAAACAACUGAUGGAAAGACGAUUAAGUAAUUCCAGUGAUAUUUCAUUACCUGAUGUUGAUGAUUUAGAAAAAGAUUUCGCAAAACGGUUUCCUAGUUAUGUAUGA